CUUCACUGCUACAUGCUUCAGCUUUUCUGGUUUCAUCAUUAACUAUAGAGGGCUUAUAAUUAUAUAUUAAUUUGUUCUCAAGGUAGCCAGAUCUUAGUUGAUUUCAUUGAAGAUUGAUGCACCAGCACUAGCACCAUUGGUGUAAAUGUCGACCAAGGUGAAAGGCCUCCUUAAAGGACUUAAACACAUAUCCCAACAAAUAUUCGAUGAGAAAGAAGAAGAAUUUCAAAUUGGGUUACCAACUGAUGUGAAACAUGUGGCACAUAUUGGAUCAGAUGAUCCAUCAGCAAAUGCACCAAGCUGGAUGACAGAGUACAAAGGAGGAAAAGAACCCCCAUCAGGAAACGCUAAAGAAGGCGAGAACGAUUCAUCACAAAACUCGAAAGGUACGAAAUCUCGGCACCUGCUUCCGAAGUCUCGGCACCAUUCAUCGGAGUCGGAAUCGAACGGGACGAAGCAAAGGACGACGCGGCGCCACCAGCGGUCGUCGGACCCCACGGCGGACUCCUCGAGCCAGGAAUCCUCGACGGAUUUUGGGUCUGAGUCUGGGCGUGGGCCCGACUCCGGCAUCGCGGCCCAAUAG